AGUGCACAGUACAAAGGUCAGCAAUGUCCACAGGACCAGUGUGAUAGCAGCUGGCCGUAUCAUUGGUGUGUCACGAAAGUUACAUUGUCUACGUGUGAUCUGUGUCUGAGGUUUCAUAAGCGCAGCGACACGUCUAGCGGCAAAAAUCACCAUGUACCGGUCAUCAUGUAAGACAGGCCCCUCUGUGUUCCUCUGCCACGCUGGAGAAGACAAGGACAAAUUUGUGGAACCUCUAUACAAAGCUUUAAUAGCAAACGGUCUAAAAGCUGAUGAAAUCUUCUAUGACAAAUUCAGUAUCCCUGCAGGUCAGGAUAUCAAACGAUAUAUAGAGUCAGCCAUAGCUAAUCCAAACCUACGGCUGGUUGUGAUCGUUUUGAGCAGAAAACUCCUUUGUGAACACAAGCAAUGGCCUAAAAGAGAAUGUGAGCUUGCCCUGCAACAUCGUAAGGAAAUCUUUCCGAUCUGGCUUGAUAGCAACUUUGAUUAUGAUUUUGAUACGUUGGUCGGGAAGUACUCGCCAACAUUGAAGGGUAUAAGGGCACAUCGUGUUACUUGUGACGGUCAAACGGGAAUCGUUGACAAGAAAAACAUACGAGAUGUUGCAACUAAAAUGAUCAGCGAAUAUGCCAAGACAACAAAACGUAGCAACACACCUUACGCAGGAUGUGGUUUCUUGGCCAUAGUUGUUGCCAUCGCAGUACUAGUCAUCGCAGUCAUUCAUCAUUUAAUGCUUCCUAAAGAUGAUCCAGACAUCUUAAGUACGACAGCCUUUCUGAAAAAUCUCUACAGCAGACGAUACUCGUACACCCAGCCGUUGCCAUGGAAACCGGGACUUCGCCUCGGACUUGCUGAUGGGUACAUCAACACACGAAUACGAAGAGAAGACGACAGAGGGCUCUUCAAUACACCGGCAGAAGUCGUUACAACAAGUCAACUAUUCAACUCACAGGAAAGAUCACACAGAGGUAAUGAGCUGAAUCCGAGCAGGAUUGCGGUUGAAGCAGAACCAGGAGGGGGGAAGUCAACGCUCUGUAGAAAGGUGGUAAUAGAUUGGGUGGAGGAUAGAAUCACUAGCUUUACACUAAUGUUUCUGGUAGAGUUACGUCAUUUUAAUGGAAGUGUCGUGGAUUCAAUUUAUGAUCAACUUUUAGGAGAUAAUAUAGACAUCAGCAAAACGGUAUUAAUGGAGUACGUCAAAAAUCAUCAAGAGAAGGUGUGUUUCAUACUGGAUGGUUUUGAUGAGCUACGUGCGGAGUAUCAAAAGAAGUCUGAAAUUCUAGAAUUGAUUAAAGGUGAGGUAUUCUAUGGUAGCACAGUCUUGGUAACGUCUCGCCCAUCAAGACUUGGCAAAGUUCAUAAAGAUUUUGAUGCGUUUUACAAAAUAGUUGGUUUCAGACAAGACCAAACACACGAAAUCUUUCGAGGAUAUUUCAUUAAUGAUUCCAAGUCUGCGGCUGAACUCUCGGAAACAGUUGCAAACAACCUUUACCUGAAAGAAAUCACAGAAAACCCGUUGUACGCACUUCUGAUCUGUGUAUUGUGGGAAGACAACAGACAGAGGCUACCUGAAACCAAAGCUCAACUUUAUGAAGAAAUGGUCAUAAGUAUGACAAGGCGAUACUGCGACAAAUUUGACAUUGAAUAUGAUGGGAGGUCUUUUCCAGCUCAUGUAGAAAGGUUGCUGCUUUUCCAGGGAAGGCUAGCAUGGGAGGGAUCGGAGAUAAACAAGUUGGAUUUUGACAUGGGUAUUGGGGAAGAAGAGAACAAAAAUAAAAGAAAAGAAAUGUUAUCUCUCGGCAUGAUGGUCCAAAGAGAGACCGACUCAAGAACUAGCGGAUAUGGCUACGUAGCUUUUCUCCAUCCAACGUUCCAAGAAUUCAUGGCUGCUUACUAUAUCCGCAAUAUGCUAUAUAAUGAAGAUACUUCCCUUACAGAAAUAUUGAACACAAUUGUGCAAAGGGAGGAUUUAGAAGGAAUUCUUAUCUUCUUGUGUGGCUUGUUUGGUGACCAGGCUGGACCGUUGCUUACAGGUUUUAAAAAUGAGGGGUGAGGUGUCACGAGGUGAUAUCGUGAUCACUCUGUGAUCACCCCUGGUGUGGGGAGUGUCACCCGAGUAAUUGGGAGCAGAUGUACAGGGGUUUGAGAAGGGACACGUAUGAGGGUAGGGGAUUCCAGCUAGAGACGCCGACAGGGUAGGACGUGCCCAGAUUGUCCUGAAUAAAGGUUAUCAUCUCCGCAACAUCAUGCCUCUGUCCUGAUCGUUGACUUGACUCACUACCAGGCCACCGUGACAUCUGGUAGUACGGCUGGGGUGAGUCAAGUUCAACGGACGGGACAGGGGCAACGAGAGGGACAAGGAGAGUCGAGCGAGUGACGGUGACCGAGGCGGGCGAGAGGAAGGAGGAGGGGAGGUGUCUAGAAAAUACAGGCUGAGUGACCCCGAAACUGAGAGAGGCGCCGGCCCGGAGUACCGAGUCCGCGGGGUUGACCAGCAAGGGACUCUGACAGAGCUCCGACCCGGAGUGCCUGCGGCAGUAACGACCUGUGGUAGCGGCAAAGAGAGCGGCAGUGGCCGGCCGGGCAAGGCUGGACAGCCACGCGGCGGGCGGGAUGGUGACCGGAGAAAGAGCGGGCCCGAGCAGAGAGUCCAUACAGAGAGAGACACAGGAGGAAGGUCGGUGGGCUCGCAUAAUAUCAUUGGCGCACCGUGCACACCGGCCUAGUUCUGUUGUUACUUACUUUGCUAAAUGAUAUGUUGUAUUACUUUUAGAUUCUGUUAUUUUGUAGGCGACCUAGUUAGAUUUGUGACAUUGACUCAGAUGAGCGAUCGGGAGUUUGUGAUCAUGAGCGGCCAGGAGUUUACUGGGGUCCAACGUUUCCCGACCAAAUCUGGGUCAGGAGGGAGUAGAGAGAAUUUUAUGUGUUUUCAGUCUGAGUUAUGGAAUAGAGUAGAGUAGCUUUAGCUAGGUUAUUUUCUAUAUAGGAAUGGGACAGCAAAGCAAGUAUUUUGUGACAAACCUUCGGCCACGCGCUGGGCGGCGAGCAUUGUGUGGACGUGGCGGAAGUCAGUGGGGGGCGUCACCAGACGGGUCUGUUUAGAUGUUAGAGACAGAUGAUAGAAUAGUUUUGAUGGAUAAAGAUAUAUAUGUGGGUUAGUGUACAGUUGAACUUAAUUUAGAAAGCGGGUGGGUCUGACAGUAAGUGGGGGGAGGGGCUGAAGCUGUAGUGUGUCCAGGAAAGCCAUACUUCGGCGGAUUCUACCGGCUAGCGGGAAAAUCCGGACACAUGAAGGCCGGCAGCGGAUAGGAGAUAUGGGUCUUUAAUAAUCCCCGGGGGUACGAAUACAAUAGUAACAUGUAGUGCGUUUUGAUUUCAAUCUCGUAUGUUUCCAUGGAAGGUCAGAUAUGUCCGGCGUUUCUUGUAGUUGUCGUUAAGUCUGUAUACGGUAUGUUGUGUUUAUGUAUUGAGGAGACGUAGAGUGUCGUAGAGGAGAGAGCAGAGGAGAUGAGUUGAGACGUAGUUGAGGUGUCGAGGUUAGGAGACCGGUGUGUGUGCGUCAGUGAUUGCUUUGCGUGUCCUGUCCGACCCAACCUCUACAGGUGAGAUUCUACAGUCAACUCGGCGGACAACGAUGUCCCGAGGGCCCGACGUCGUAUAGGAGUCGUCGUCGUGGGAGCAUCCAGCCGGGAGGCCUCUGUGGACAAGACAAGCCUCUUCCCGACGGGCAGAGGGGUUCCUGUCGUUUCCCUGUGGUUCCGGGACACACCCGGAAGUGCGCAAGCCGGCCGCCGAGGAGGAAGUUGGCGCGGGACACCUGGCAACCAUUGAUGAACUUUUGUUGUUGUAAAUUGUUAUGUUUUUGUUGUUGUUUUGUGAAUGUCGGACUGUCGCUGACCUGUUGUUGAUAUGUACGAGUAUGUCGUUGUUCUUUUACCUUUUUUUAUUGUUAUCACUUAUCUAAAUUUGUUGCAUUGUAGAAGAAUUGUUAUG